CGAGCGAGUUUGAAAUUUGACUUGGCCUAAACAAUUCUUGCUCUCCAAGCUUAAUUGCGCUCUUCUCUUCUACCCUAGCCGUCAACGUUUUGUUUAUGAACCCACACCUCUCCCCCACCGUAUAUAUAUAAACUCCUCACCUCCUUUGUACCUCCCCAUCUCAUCUUCCUCGUCCUCUGCACCCUUCUCCUUCAAUUCUCACAAUAUUCUCAAAACAUCCUUAAAUUAAUUACCUGUCUCUCUAGAUCGAAUAGAAUGGCUCGUUCUUCAUCAUACGUUUUCUUGAUCGCCGUUUUGCUGGUGUUUUCUUCCCUGGUUUCCUCCAUCGAGAGCAGAAAGAUGCUUUCCGCGGAUUUUCACGAAGAAACCAAGAAUAUUCCGUCCAUGGCGGACGAUAGACUGUUCAAGAAUGCGCUUCCCAAAGGCACAGUGCCGGCGUCUUCCCCUAGCAAGAAAGGCCACGCCGACACCGUCGACGAAAAGCUCGUCGCCCGCCACCUCGCCGCCGUCGAUGAUCAUCGGUUUCUCCGCUCCGUCCCCGCCCCCGGAAUAGGCAAUUAGCUACGUUACUCUUCAAUUCCUGUUUCGAUUCUAUACAAUUUUGGAUUCUUUUCUUCAUGGGGGUAUAGUAUAUUGUACACACAUAGAUACUGGAUGGUGGAACUGUAUAGCCGGCCGGAGAUUAUAAUAGCCUUUUUCCAAUUUUUUUUUUCUCCUUAAAGUUUAUGGGAUGGGAUUUAUACUUUAAUUAUUCUUUUGUUAUUGGGAUUAAUCAUGGAUUUUCACUUUCAAGAGACACAAUUCCUUGGAUGCUUCAAGAAUCUGUACUCAUCAUCAUUGAGCUCAUGAAAUGAAAUGACUUAUAGUAGCAAUUUUUGUUUCA